CGUAGCAUGCGAUGAACACAACACCAUGGAUUGAUUGAUUUCCCAAAAAGUGUUCCAUUCUUCCCUCUCACGUAAACCAACUCUCUCUCUUUCUCUCUCUCUCUCUCCCGAUGGCAAUGGCUGAAACCUCUGCACUUUGCUUCUCAAGAUUCAGAUUCCCUUCUUCUCUUGCAUCAAUUUCUCGUUCCACGCUAUCAUCUCCUCUCUCCCCGCUUUUCAGCUCCUCAUUCAAUUUCUCAUCAUCUCGUUCUUCUCGCCAUCAUAUCGUGGUCAAAGCUACCGAUGACUCUUCCAACCUAUCCGGUGAUGAUCCUUUUCGAUCUUUCCCGUGGUUCCAAUCCGACUCCGAAAUUCAAUGGGUUCAUGAGGAUAGAAUUACAUUGUUCACCGCUGAUGGACUGGUGCAGAUUGGAGGCUCCAUCACCCCUCGCCAUGUUAGCUCUUCAGAUAAGCAGCAGGGGAAAUUCAAAACUUCUCAAAAACAACGGUUCCAAGAAAGUAAUUACAUGGAUCCCGAUCAAGGCCUUUGUUUAGGCGCACUAUUCGAUAUUGCAGCUACUAAUGGACUUGAUAUGGGAAGAAGAUUCUGCAUUUUUGGCUUCUGCCGUUCCAUUGAGAUGCUCAGUGAUGUAGUUGAAGACACUGUCUUAGAGCAUGGUGGGGAGGUUAUUAUGGCAGAGAAGGAAGUCAAAGGUGAUUUGCAUGAAAAGCUAACCAUGACUGUUGCAGUGCCAUUACUAUGGGGUGUUCCUCCGGCAUCUGAGACGCUUCAUCUAGCUGUUAAAAGUGGUGGAGGUAUUGUAGACAAGGUCUAUUGGCAAUGGUACUUUCUGUAAAUACAAAACAUAGAUCUCUAACCAUUCUUUCUGCAAAUUUGUAUAUAAAAUUGUGCUUCUGAAUAUGCUCAAAAAGAGUUAUCCUCAUUUGUAUCUCUCUGUAUAUGUACAAGAAAAAAACUAUUGUCAUGUUAAUAAUAAAACAACAUGACGUUGUUUGAUUCAUACAACCGAUUCAUGACAAGACAUGAUUGUUAUUCUUGUAGUUUAUACUUAAUAUUCAACUGUUUUUUUGUUCA